CAGCGUGACCGUGGAUGGGUCGCUUUAAUAUACCAAGAAAAUAUGCUGGACACAACACUAUGGGACAGGCAUAUCGCAGGGCGAUUUUAGUUUUCCUUCACCUGGUCACACCCCAGGACGCAUCGCCAUUUUAAAAAUCAAAAUAGGAGACGCUUUGCCGGAAAACUAAGCAUUACGAUUCAAUUCCAACCGGACACAUCAGUUUGACUCGCCCCAUCCUUCACAACAGUCGCCAUGCAGCGCCACAAGGAACUGUACAAAGAGCAAUCGCUGGUGCUAAGUCCGCGCAAUCACUGCCAGGAGAACAGAGAUCGGUUGCAGGCGGCGCGCGCCAAAAAACGGGAGGAUUGUUUUUACCAGAACCGCAUCAUCAGUGUGAGCCCCACGCCCGUCAAAGCGAAGCCCUUGGUGGCUGCCCCAGCCGCUCUGCACCAGGAAAAUGUGGCCCCCAAAUUGGAGAAUAAGGAGCAGCUGCAGCUGGGAAACAAGACCGCGGAACAGCCGAAAGAAUCCAAGCCCAAGGCCUCCCGCCAGAAACUCUAUUUACAACGCUACAUGGAGUGGAAGACAGUCAAGAGCAAAGAGCAUGAGCAGCAAGACCAGAAGCGUCGAGGGGCAGCCAUCAAUGCCCCGACCAUAAAUCAAUCAAAGGUCUUACCAAAAUCCCAAACCUUUCGGUUUGCCGAAACCCUGGCUUCUGCAAAGCAGAAGGAAGAGGCUGCUCCCGUGUUCCAGCCUUCCAAGAGGUGUUCUCUCUACGUGAUUGCCAAUCCCACUAGCAAGGGAACAGCAACCGAACCGGUGAGACCUUCAAUACCCAAGGCAACGGCAUCCAAAUCCGUGGCUUUUGCCAGGCAAAAAUCAGCUGCUUCUGCAACAAAAAUAGUCCCUCCAAGUCGGCAGGUCAACAAUCCGGUGGCUUUGGCGAGGCAAAAAGCUGCUGCGCGGCCUCUUUCCAACACAACGACGCAGACUACCAGUCAGAGGCCUAGGCAACCGGCGAUUGAACCGAAAAAGACUACUACCAUACCCAGACCCGCCCCAAAGACAGUCAAAAAAGCGAUAGCGACCAGCGUCCGGCAACAGGCACCAAAGCCCAGAUUACCUGCGCCAGUGGCACCACGGACCGCUAGACUGCCCAAUGUGUUGUCCCAGCCGUUCGAGAAACCUUUGGCAAACAUGGCACCAGUGGCACGUCGCGCGAAUGUGGUGAAACCACAGCCCAUUCGUGGCGGAGGUGGUGCCGCGGCCAAAUUCAAGGACUCAGCUGGAGCGACCAGCAAGGCAGCUGGUCACUCCAUGCGGAUGAAGGCCAUUAAGCCAAACAGCCAGUACACGAGGCUUCAGGAAAAGGUACGAAAGCUCCCGCAGCUCAAAGCCGAGUUGCUGCAGGCAGCCACACUAGGUAUACCGCCUCACACGCCGCUAGAGGAUAUCCAUAAUCCGUUUAUAGACCAGGCCACAUCAACGCAGUGCAAAUCCAGCAAUAGCAGCUGUCAUCUUGUGGAGACUUUUGGCGACAGCAUCUUAUUGAGCCCGGUGGCAGCGGGCAAAGCUGAAGGAAAAAGUUCGGUCAAAAGGCAGUUGCUGCCGGCGGAUAAGAAGUUGGCGUCUGUUCCGGUGGCAAAGAAAAAGUUCGACUUUACGCGUUACUCUGUGGCAAAUUCGCCAGCGGAGGACUCGCUUAUCUUGGAUCCUCAGCAGACGACAAUUAUAGAAGCCACGGGAAAUUCCACUUUGGUGCCAGAGGAGGAGAAGACACCGCCACGUCGCAAAUCCAAUGGAAUGCCCAAUUAUCUCAGUCCGUUUGUUAGUGUCUCGCGGGGUAAGGUGAACUCGCGCUGUGAGAAGGAGAAACGGAAUAGCUUCUACCUGGCCAAUGAGGAAUCGAGCUUGGAAGUUCGCCGUGCGAUCGAAUCUGUUCUGUAUUUCAGACUGCAGCUGGAAAAUGAGGUCACCCGUCUCCAAGCCCUUUGCGCUGAAUGGGAGGCGUACAGCAAGGAAAAUGAGUCACGGUUGCAGGAAACGGGCGGCAUUGACAUGAUCAACGUGACCAUCGGCCAGACACGUCUGUUAACCACCAAGAAGAUGAUGCAGUUCAGCAGCCUGAUCGAUCGUUGCGAGGCUGGCGCGACCGGCAAGAAUCGCCAGCCAAACGAUGGUAGUGAGGAUUCAAAACCGGUGCAGGCUGAGGAUCUGGAGGGUUGGUGGGAUAUGUUGCGCCUGCAGAGCGAAAACGUGGACAAGCGCUUCGAUAACCUGAAGCGAUGGAAGGCCAACGACUGGCUAGAUCCGGAUGCAGUUGCCGAGGAACCCAAGCCUCCGAAGCCGAAGCCCAAGACAAGUCGCAACAUGAAGAUCAAAUCGAAGGCCAAGCCCACCAGCAAUCUUCAGCAAUUCCUCCGCAACGCCCAUGCCAACAUGAAAAAGACCAAGGUGGAAAAGCCGGCGUUGGAGGAUGGCUUGCCUUCCACGUCCUCGCGACACAGUUCGCCACGGGUGAUCGUAGUUCGCAAUCGCAGAUCCUUUUCACCUGCCCGCACAGUACUCCGCAUGUCCACCGGCGAGGGGCGGCAGUCGAUUGCGCCAAAUGCGCUCCUGAAAUCAGCGAUCCUUGCGGCCGCAGAGCAGAACGCUGCCAAGACGCCGCCGCCCAAGCCGCGAGCCUCCAUCCUUAAGACGCCCGGCACCACGAAACGCCAGAACCGUGGUGUGCUCUUCAGUGCCAAGAAGAGCGUACGGCGAUUUCAGUUCACCUACGAGGAGGGCAACAUUAGCGACGACGAGACGGUCGGCGCCGACCAUCUGGAGGACUGCGAGGAGGACAUGGUUCUGGAGGCCUCCACGGAACGUAGAUCCCUGGAGCAGAAUCCCGGCGAGGGUCAGGAGAACGGGGGAACUCCUCGCACAUACACGCUGCGCAACCGGCGGGUGAAUCUUCGUCCGUCCUCCGAGUUUAUGUAGUGUUGUCCGUGGAGAGUCGUAAUCUGAUGUAGAAUUGUUUAUACUUUUACCUUCUUAGCUUAUUAUUUCGAAUGCGGAUGCCAUUAGAUGUUAAUUUUUUAAGAUGUUAAAGUUUACUUUUGGCGUUUUAAAUAUUCAUCGCUUAUGUUUUAUGAGAAUGGAAUCUUAUUUUAUUUUUAUUUAUCUAAAUUAACUUGAUUAUAUCGUAAACGUAGUUGAAGCAAUAAACAAGAGAAAAAUAAAUAAA